AUGCUCUCGCUCUCCGCCCGCCCCAUCCUCCUCCCCAAACCCAGACUCCGCCGCCUCCUCCUCCUCCGCCCCCUCUCCUCCGCCACCGCCGCCGCGCUGACGCCGCCUACUCCUCGCACCCCAGCCAUCGCAGACGCCACCCCGCUCUUCCUGCGCCCGCCGACCCACCCCGUCCCGCACGCCGCCCUCGAGGCCUUCCGCCGCCGAGCCGCCGCGCUCGUCCCGCCCUCCGCGCCGCACCUGCACCGCCACCUCCGCUGGUUCCUCGCCGACGCCUCCAAUCCCGACCACCUCCUCCGCGCGCCGCUCGACGAGCUCGAGGCCCUGUGGCUCGCCCACGUGCGGGACAGGCGCCCCUUCCAGUACGUGGUCGGGAACGAGCACUGGGGAGGGCUUGUGGUCGCGGUCCGGGACGGCGUGCUCAUCCCUCGCCCCGAGACGGAGGCCGUGCUGGACAUGGUGCGGGCGGUCGACGGGUUCGAUGAUGGGUGGUGGGCCGACCUUGGCACUGGUAGUGGCGCCAUCGCCGUCGCCGUCGCCAGGAUGCUCGGGCCCGAAGGGAGGGUCUUCGCCACCGACGUCAGCGAGGUGGCUGUCGAGGUUGCCCGGCUCAACGUCCAGAGGUACGGGGUGCAGGAUAAAGUCGAGAUAAGGCACGGCUCGUGGUUCAAACCUCUAGAAGAGGUCAAAGGAAAACUCAUGGGUGUGAUUAGUAACCCUCCAUACAUACCAACUGAUGAUCUACCUGGCCUGCAACCUGAAGUCGGUUGGCAUGAACCAAAAUUGGCGCUUGAUGGAGGCAAGGAUGGGCUUGACCAUUUGCUUCAUCUCUGUGAAGGGUUAUCUUCGGCACUGAAACCUGGCGGUUUCUUUGUUUUUGAGACAAAUGGCAACAAGCAGUCGGAGUUUCUUGUCGAUUUCAUAAGUACAAAGUGGAGUUCUUCUUUUUGCAACGUGGAGGCAGUUUUAGACUUUGCAGACAUCAAACGUUUUGUAAGAGGAUAUCGCAGAUGAAAAGUAAAACGAGGAUGCUGGUGCAAUAUUCCAGGAAACCACUUUUGUUCCCUCGUAAUAUUUGGCCCCCAUUUGAAAAGAAAAGGCCCGUUCAAUGCUCUGGGCUGGCUUCAGCGAGAAGCGAGCAACUCGAUUUCAUAAUCCCCCUAGGGAGCUUAUCGCUUGUGGUUUAAGCGUCUUAGUGUCAGUAAUAUAUUGCAAGUCAAUCAUGGUCGUCCUUGUUCCUGUCAGAUGGUAUUUUCUUGCCCUACCAUGGAUGGUCCAAGGAAGCUCUAGCUGGACACGAAGUCUUGUAGUAGUUCACAUACAAAAAGGUGUAUCUGGCGAAUUGUUCUUUUUUGCGUGUAGGGUUGUGAUGAUGUGAUUUGGGGGGAGAAGCUUUUGUAGCCUCCAAAUUAUUCCACCGUCCACAAGCGGGUAGUGGGCUACAUUAUUUGUCUCUGGUGAUCAUUUUUGUUCAUCCCUGUCCACUACAGAUGUAUUGUGUACGGAAAACAUAACAUGUGUAUACAUGUGACAAUAUAAAUAUACUGUUGCGUCCCUUCUUUGGGUAUCCAAA